CAGAUUCGACACCUUUCGGAAUCAUCACAUAGUAGCUCGUCACUGAUCUCAUCACAGCCUUCGCUGCUUUCUUCCCUCCUUCCGUGCUCCUUCCCAUCGAGGGCAGUGUCCCAACAAAUCCGAUGUCCAGUAGACUCUGGCUCAUCUCAGCUGAUGAUCCGCGAGUCAUGACUCCCGUCUUGAUGAGUUUGCGGAUCCCCGUGAACAUGAAACAGUUGCGAUUGCUGAGUCGCUAUCCACAGCAUUAAGCAUCGUGAUCAGCUUUUUCAUGCCCCGGAUCCAUCGUCAAAUUCAUUGUCAAUCUCCCCCGUCUGACGGAGAAGCGCAUUUCAUAGGCAAACCUCCACGCAAUACCGGUGCUCGCACUCAGUUUCAAACAGCUGGAACUCCCAACCUCGACACCGUCUGAUGAGAUGCGUGGGAAUAAAGUUGAUUCUGCAGGGGCUGAGAACGUGUUCGCCGCUUUGCCAUCCCAUUUAGACUGGCGUAGACACCUCGUUGGGCAUCACAGUGCACUUAUCUUCUUCUGUUCCCAUGUUUCUCUCUCAACAACCGACGCCUAUGCUGCUGGCCCCGGCAUCCGAUACCUCAUGCUCCGAUCAUUCAGAUCCCCCCGGUUCUAGAGGAUCCUCACCCCCACUAUAUCGCCGCCUCCGAUCCAACACGAAUGGUGCAGAACGUGAACGAAAGCGAUCGACCGCGGAGAUGUUUUCGUACAUGACUGAGCCGACGCCGCAACAGCCGCGCCCGAUUAUCAUCGUAUCCGCCAAGGAGGCGGUGAAGCGGAUCCGGAGGACGACGAGCAUGGGCGAGGUUCCGUGGGGACGCUAUUCGCGGGGUGGGGAGUAUCAGAUGCCGUCGGAGGAGGAAGACAUCGACGAUAUACUGGACGACGACGAAUCCUUCGAAGCGGGCCAACUUGAAGAUGAUGGUGAAGCGGUAUCCGAGGGGGAAGAAAAUCUCUCUGCCAUUGUUCCGCUGUCCGUCGAUAGCCCACCGGGACAGAACCACUAUAGCGGCCCGUUUGAUGUUUCAGCUGCCCAGCCACUUCGUGCGCCCACUCCGCCCGUUGUUCCAGACGCACACACAUUUCUCUUACAUCCCAGGAAGAUACCAGGGAAGACCGUGACUAGGACGGAGGUCACUUGGUACGGAGAGUGGAAUUGCGAUAGUAUGGAGGAAGUCAUCACGAGGCUUCGCGCACUGAAGGCUUAA